AGACUGCAUUGUGUUGAGGCUGCGUCUGCAAUGGGCAGUACAAAUAGUUGAUUGAGAGUGCCCCACUCUCGGACACUCUCUCCCCUUCAUGCUGGACUGUGCCCAUCAUGUGAACUGUGCCUCUAUUGUGACUUCUUCUCACAUUUCAGAAGCCUUUCUUUGUGAGUGGUGAGGAGCCAGUGGUGUGAUUCUCAGUCUGCAUUGUACCAUGCACACCCAAAACCUCUAACAAUCCCUUAUGAUGCUCAGCAAUCUGCACCAUUGAAGUGGACAGUCUCCAAAGCAUCUUCUGCAGCGAAGGUUUUCCAUCUUUUACACCAUUUCGAAGGAGGAAGGAUUCAACUGUAUCAAUGUGUCUGAUUGUGCCCAGCUGCUGUGUGUACACAUCCCAUCGAGGCUGAGAUUGACACAAUGAACACAUCAUUGCACUGCACCCUGGCACUUAUAGCCAUGUGUCUCAUCCAGGGGUCUCUCUGCCAGUGGUCUGUCUGGGUUGAUAGUUCUGUUUCUGCUUGGGAAGGGGAGACUGUGAUAUUGAACUGUUCCUUUCAAUACCCUGACCCAGUCCGAGACCCAUCCACUGUAACCGCCAGGUGGCUGAAGAACUCGCCCUUUCCCAAUAACAACCAGGCUGCUGAAAUAUACAACAAACAUGAACCUGGAGGGAGUGUCGCCCGACGUACAGCUAAUCGGUGACCUGAAUGAGAGAAACUGUUCACUCCAGAUUGAAAACAUCCACAAAGCAGACACUGGGACUUACUACUUCAGAUUUGAACUGGGUCAGGGCAACAACUGGUCAGGGAGAAGGUGGAAUCAGUGUCAAUGUGUACGCUCGCCCAACAAAACCAUACAUAUCUGUCCCAGUGGAAGUUAUUGAAGGUGAUGAAAUGGUGACUUUGACCUGUACCUCCACCAACAUUGACCAAAGAGGAAAAGCUUCUCUGAUCUGGGAAGGUAUCUCUGACCUGACGGAUUGGGUCCCCAGGACUGAAGAAAAAUGGGCUGGUUACUCCUGGUCACUCCACAGUAACUUUGCAUUCCUCCCAUCUUACCGAUAUCACAACCAGCUCAUCAAAUGCAUGGUCAUAUAUACGCCAUACCCAUACUCAGAUGAAAGUUCCGUAACACUGCAAAUAAGAUACCCUCCAAAAGAGACUGUCCUUCUCGUGAAUGCAACACAGGAGGAAAUAAAAGAAGGUGACUGUGUUACACUUGUGUGUGUUGGAAAUAGUUUUCCUGAAGCUAACUAUACCUGGUACAAGAAGGACCGAUCCACAAAUAAAACCGAGAUUUUGAAUACUGCAAGCAGCAAUAUAUUAUUCCAAAAAAUUACAAGGAAGAACUCUGGAUUCUACAACUGCAUGGCUACAAAUUAUUUGGGAAGCAGUUUGUCUUCAGAAGUAGAAAUUGAUGUGCAAUACAAACCGGACAAGGUCACAAUUAGCCAGGAACUUCUGUACAAGUGCAUUGCUGAGGCCAGUCCUCCUGCAGUCAUCACAUGGAAGAUCAGUGACGACAGUAUAAAUCUCACUGAUCCCAGGGUCAGUAUAAAGUCAGAAUUCAAUGGCACUCAUACAGUUAGUACACUGAAACUGGAAACAACAGCAAGCUUUUGUGUUUCGUGCCUAGCUCAGAAUAAGCAUGGAGUGUCCGUGACGGAGAGGUGCCCACCUGGUUCAUUUACAAAACUGUCACUGCUGGUUGUUGGGAUCAUUGCCAGCGGAGCUGUUGUCAUCAUUAUAUUCGUAAUUGUGGCUUGGAAGCGAAAGAAGGAAGUGAUUGAAGGUCAAGAGUUGGAGAGUGAUUCCCAACCAGUGAUCUACACUGAAGUACAGACACCAAAAAAGACCCAGGGGACUCAGUCCGAGACCAGUGGCAGACGAGAAAAGGAAUUUGCCUAUGCCAACCUGCAGCACGAAUCAAAUGGCAAGCAAGCAAAAGGUCAGAGCGACAGAGUGGAGUUCUUGGGAGCUGUGUGAAAGAACAUGGAACCAAUGCCUGCAAUCAGUUCAAUAACACAAGCGGCAGCACAAAGUCGGCAACACCUGAUACUGAAAUUGAAUAAAGUGGUGCGUGGUAACUUUUACGGGUAAACUCUGACUGUACGUUUGUGCAAUGGAAGUAAAAUAGGCACAGGCUGUUAUCUACAUAAUAUAUCAAAAAUCUGGCAGAUUAUGUGUCCUUCUGCAGUUUACUUCCUGUCAAACUUUGUAGCAACUUUCUCCUGUCAAACUUUCUCCAAUUCUACUUUUCUCCUUUAGGUUCUUUCAAUCAUGAGUUUCCACUUCACACUUUUCUCCUUACACAGAAUUUGCACGCCACUAAUUUAUUUACAUUGCUUUAUCUAUCCCAUCCCAGUUUGCUCAUCACAUUUUUCCUGCUACCAACUUUAAACCAAUGUUCACUCUCAUUCGUGUGAGUAUUGCUGUGGAUUAUCCGUUAAUGUCCCAUAAAUGGGUGAACAAAUCUUGCUGUACACUUGGGCACUGUAAGUACUUAUCAACAUUUAAGCUUAGGUGUGCAGAGCAGUUGUUCCAAAACUGUAUCAGCCAAUGCAAUGAAGUUGGGGCAGAGUGUAUAGCUCAGAGCAAACUGUAUUACACAGCAAACUAGGUAAGCAGUCUACUGAAAGAGCAAUAAAAACAAACUGCAGCAGCUUCUCCCAAUAAAAGUAAGAUAAAUUCUCCAGAAAAGUACAAUGUGUGAAGCAAUGUUACAUGUAAAUUAUGUGCAUAAAAUCAACCUGCAUCUACAGCUAUGUGGUCAUCAUGCUUGAUUGACAGAGGCCUUACUCUAACGUUUGUAUUCUACUCAGCUAAAGAGUUGUCACUGUUUUGAACCUUGGAUGUUAACAGGGUCUACCAUGCUUUUGCAUUUGGAAAGUCAAAGUACUGAAAAUAUGUGCAUAUGCAGUUUUGGACAGUGCAGUGGGUUAAAUAUUGGCUUCUUACCUUAAACAUCCUGAGCAUAAAUUCAUCCCAUGUUCACUGGGAUGAGAAUCUUCUCAGUCUACUGACUGUUAUGGUACAAUCUGAAUGAAGUGAACUGCAUUCAAAUUUUAUUUAUCAUGGGACUGUGGCACAAGACAGACUGAUCUGAUUUAAAUUGUUUGUGAAUGCAGAAUGAGUGAAACAAUUCCAGAUGCUGUAAAAGUGACAGUCUUGCUCAAAUGUCUUGGCUCACUUUGGGUGGGCUAGGGUACUCACAAGGAUGUAGGUUAAAGGGAGCUUUAUUUUGUAUUUAAACAUCCAAUUCAUGAAUGCUUAAUGCAUGAUGUUCCAGAAGAACUAGCUCAUCAGUAACACUCACCCAGAAAUCAGUGGGUACAGUGGAACGGGUGUUGAGCUCUGUAAGGUCAUCAGCAAUUGCUUGUCCUGUCUGCAAAAUAUGAUAAUAAAAUUAACCCUUUAUCAUCUCCCCUGUGCUAAUUUCUUCUGAUGUUAGAAAGCAAAAUAUUAUCAAAUUAAUGCUGAGAAAUACACACAAAGUGUAACAACUAAAAGCACGUAUGAAGAGCAAUAUUCAUUGGAACAUAAAACUUUACAGCAGAAGGUGGCUGGUAUAGUGUGAGUGACUUUGAAAGAUGAAGAUGUGUCAACCCUGCCUCAUUACUCACAUACAUGAAGGGUUUAAAAAAAGUUAUUUUAGUCACAAUUUCUUCUCCUUUUUACAACACAUGUAGAUAUUUGUAUACACUUCUCAACCACAAGUGGUCAAUGUUUCUCAUAAAUACCACACCCUCGUAUAUUAGCCAGUAAUUUAUUAUGUUGGGACCUUCCCAAAUCCUAUGCAAAUAUUCACAGAAGUAUGAGUAUAUGUUUAUCACGUUGUUAACUGCUCCCAACACUCCAAGCUAACAUCCCUUCAUCUCACAAUUACUAUUAUCUCACUGUCUCUCUCCUAUUCAUUCAACUUGUGCCUCGAGUUCCCAACUCUGCUUGAACAUUUUCCAGACAGCUUCAAAAUGUAAGCCCCAAUUGUCCCACUUUUUUGCCCUCACCAAUAUCAAUCUGACCAGGUCAUCACUGCAUAUGCCAACUGCAAAGCCACAUUCAUUAAUGCACUGGCGGGCAGCCUUCUUUCAUCGAUCCCCAAUAUUGAUUUUUCUCUCUGCUAGUUUUUCUUUUGGUUGCUGUCAGCAAUAUCCUGAAGUAUUAAUCUUUAUUCCUGGAGAAUCCAGGAAAAUCCAGGUAGGCGGACAACCCUUAUGUGUUGGUCUGCAUGGACCCAUAUUUAUCUAUCUAUCUAUCUGUAUGUCUAUCUAUCUAUCAUCUAUCUAUCUGUCUAUCUAUACAUUUAUACAUCUAUCUACUUAUACAUCUAUCUAUAUUGUUAAUGAUCUACUUUGACAUCCAUCUCUCUAUGUUGCUAUUUUAUAUCUAUCUACCUAUCUAUCUAUCUAUCUAUCUAUCUCUCUCUCUCUCGCUCUCUCUCUCUCUCUCUCUCUCUCUCUAUAUAUAUAUAUACACACACACACACACAUAUAUAUAUAUAUAUCCCUAUCUAUCCAUAUUGCUCACUAGUUAUCCACAUAUUUUAUCUCUACCUCUAAAUGUGUCUCUGCAUCUAUCGAUCUAUCCAUUUACAUUUUUAAAUAUUUUUCUCUCCCCUAUUCUCUCAUUCUAUAUUUCUCACUCUUUCUCUGUGUUAUUCUUGCACUUUAUAUCUCACCAUCUCUCUAUUUGCAUGCAUGUAUCCAUAUGUUUCUCUCCCUUUCUUUUUCCUUACAUAUUGGCCUACUUAUUCCCUUUUUAUCCCUAUUGUCAUUUCUCUUGCUCUUACUCUCUGAUUUCCUUUAUUCUCUUUAACUUACAUUAGAAUGUAGUUUAACAUUCCAUUGUAGAACUUAUAUGGAACUAAAUUUGGCAUCUGUUGGAAUAAUUGCAAUUAAGAUAUGGUCUGUCAAUGCAUGUAUAGGGAGGAGUUUAUAACUAGAAUCUAACAUUAAAAAUACAGCAACUUAAAUCAGUAAAUAAUAUUUCAAUAAUUAAUCAGAACUUUAUCAAAUCAACACUAAUCAUUUUUUUGUUCUUUUUUACACUAUUCUUUAUAUACAAAAACUGAUUUCUGUUACUAGAAAUGCUCUGAAUCUCCAGGCACUGAAUCUCAGGAAUGAAACAUACCACCACUUCAGUGGAAAAGAGAUUUGCAUUUCACCAAGAUGUUGUUUUAAUAUUCUGAAUCUGAAUAAUUUUACAAUGUUUAUAAUCAUUAACAAAUCUGCAAAAAGGAAGUGGUACAUUCAUUCAGCUGUGCCUGGUUAGAGUGUAAUACAAUGAAAUGCAGGACAGCUAUGGCUCUGUAGUAGAGUCAAAUAUACAGCAUAACUCUGCAGGGUUAUCUUAACUUGGGACAGUGCUGAUAUCAAAUUGGCUGCUAGUAUGUAUCCAACCAGAUCCUUCUUUCCAUUGAAGUCACUGGAAGAGCCAAUUUGACAUUGUCAUAAACCACAGAUAAAAUAACCAGACUUUGCUCGAUCCACUGAUAAACAGUAAUCAGUGGCCUGGGACGUAUGGUAUAUUACAAUGUCUUUUUUAUAUAUUUAGUGAAAGUAGCCUUAUGACUGUACAGCUGUGGGCUUUGUCUAUCAAUUACACUGUUCAUUAAGAUGAUGUAAAAAGUAUGUAUCAUAUAAUUGCAGAUUAACCACUAACCCAUCCUGAAAAAUAAAUUAAAUCUGUGGAUUAUUAAGAGCUGUUGUGUUCAAUU